UCUUCUGGAUCACUUUGCUUAGCACCUGACAGCUGUUACAUGUUUAUAUAACUGCUAUUGUGCUAUUUUAAUAGUACUUGUGACUCCACACCUGAUUCUACCUCUUGUGCCUGCUUAAGAUCAUCAUCUAAUAUGUUGGCAACACUUGAAACAAUCCGUUUCCUGCAAGACUGCGGUUCCCGUGACUGGAGCUUAUACCCUGCCGAGGUGGAUCUGGAUGUAAUUGAAGAAUAUCUAAAUGAACACUCAGCAGAGGUUGAACAAAACACAGGGAAAAUGUUUAAGAAUGAGGAAGAAACAAGUAUUAUAGAAAACAGUUGGUCUGGAAGGUUUCCUUACCAGUGGCACCACUACAACAUAGCACCAAAAAAUGAUUCAGAAUAUUGCCCGCAGCUCCAGCCUCUGUGGUUUGGAUCUUCCAACAGAGAAUGGGUGCACUACCAGUGUCUUUGUGAUACCAAUCCAAGCAGUGACUCAGACUCACAAUCCACAGGCUCAGUUUCCUAUGACUUUCCCCCUUCACCAACUGCGGAGAGAAGAACAAAGAAGAACUCCAGUUUGCCUCUGACAUCAACCACAGGUAAAAAGAAAGAGCGUCUUUUCCAGUUUUUGUAUGAAAUGCUGCAGAACCCUGCAAUGCGGAGCUGUAUAUGGUGGGUACAGUCUGGUAGUGGGACCUUUCAGUUCUCUUCCCAGAACAAAGAGAAACUGGCAGAGAUGUGGGGCCGAAGAAAAGGGAAUCGCAAAACCAUGACCUACCAGAAGAUGGCUCGUGCUUUGAGGAAUUAUUCUCGCACGGGGGAGAUUUGUAAGGUUAAGAGGAAGCUCACCUAUCAGUUCAACGAAGGGGUCUUGAAAGGGUUACAGAGCAACAACAAGAGAACUGAGGAAUGUUAGUGUUGAACCAUUGGAUGAUAAUCAACACUGGAACCCAGACACAUAAAUACUAAGUAUUUGCACAAUGUUGAUUUGCAAUGUAAAAUGCUUUUGUUUGUUUAAUUUGAAAAUGUGCUUUGAAAAUCAAUCGCAAUUCAGUUCAAAUUAUGAUAAUUUGUUGUAUGAUAUAUUUUGUGUAUUGCAUAGAAAAUUUAGUUCGAUACUGCAGUUUAAUAUUUAAAUGCAUCUUAAUGUUAACAAUCUUAACAAUCAGAAAAAAAGGAAGACAAAAACACAGGAAAGCUGAUGGGCUUUAAACUGUUGUGUAAAUCUGAGGAUUAUAAAAACUUUCAAAAAUCUACUUUAUAAGUAGAGGAUAAGUUCAAGUUAGUACAGAAAUGUACAGGAUUUUGUAUUUAUAAAGAUCUUUGUAAUGUAAUCAUUUAAUAGAAACGUAGAUUUUGGUCUUUAAAUCUUUUGUUGGUAGCUGUUUUUUAAGUGAUAUUUCUAUUUUUUGU